UGGUUUAGGAUGUUUCCAAGUUGGAACACUGUUCUGUUCCACCACAUGGACAGUCAGACUUCUCAUUUGGUAGCAUGCGUACUGUGUAUUUGAUAUGUAUUUCAUUUGGUACGUAGCAAGCCGGCUCAUUUUGACCCCUCAACCUUCAGAGAUAAGGUCUUCCUGUGAGAGUCGACCAUCUCCUCGUUCGUCCAGAUCCACUCCAUGGCGAUAUGUGCUACAAGCAUACAAAUAUGAGAAAGAUGCUUCAUAAAUUGUAUUGUCACAUCAAUUCCUAAGAGCAGUCCAAUGAACUAUAGUGGGUGCAUGGAGGAAUUGGCAAACUUUAUUGACAGCAAAUGAGAUAUCAGGUCUUGUCAAGUCCAUGUAUCCAGCAUACUAGUCGAAGCUAACUGUUAUACUCAAUCUCUGCUACUUUACUUUCAUAAGAUGGACCUUCGAGAAAGUACGGUGACAGAAAUGAUCCAAAGGGAUGACAGAUCAAAGUGGUUAUCACACAACAAUCAUAACAUAAAAUGCUUCACUGAGGGUGAGAUAAGAGGAAUUACCGGUAACUACGAAACUAUCAUUGGAAAAGGCGGCUUCGGAGAAGUCAUUCAUGAUGAUAUCAAGCCUGCCAAUAUACUAUUAGAUGACAACUUCAAUGCAAAAAUAUCUGACUUUGGAAUAUCAAGACUGGUCAACACGGACUCGACCCUUUUCACUGAGCAUGUAAUGGGGAGCAUAGGUUACAUGGACCCUUUGUUUGCUGGCAGCGGGCGUCUCACCUGGAAGAGUGAUGUUUACAGUUUCGGAAUCGUUCUGGUUGAAUUUAUUACAAAGAAAAAGGCAACAAUAAGAAAUGGGGAGGCCGGCAUAGUUGAAUGUUUCACCCAAGCUCUUGCAACAGGGAAGAGAAAGGUGAGAGAGUUGUUCGAUCUUGAAAUUUCAAGCCAGAAUAACAUGAAGGUUCUUGAAGGGGUUGCGAAGCUAGCAGGGCAAUGUUUGAGGAUGGAGAUGGAUAGACGCCCUGAGAUGAUAGAUGUGGCAGAAAGUCUUCGGGCGCUUAGAAAAACUCAAGUUCAAGGAAAACAAACUAUUUUUCCUUGGGGGUGGAGGAACAAGUCAGCAGCUCAGAACAACUGGCAAUCUUCUAGCUCAGUCACGCCACAAUCUUUGCCAUCCAACUUGUGCCGCCAUUUCUCACUUAGGGAGAUGAAAUCUGCGACAGGGAACUUUGCUGGGUCACACAUUGUUGGUCAGGGUGGAUCUGGUAUAGUUUACUAUGGAAUGAUUGAUGCGGGAGCAACCAAGGUGGCAAUCAAACGUGGCAUAGUUAAGCAGGAUGUGAGUAUGUUCCAGACAGAGAUAGCGAUGAUGGCAAAACUCCGCCACCAUCAUCUCGUAUCAUUGGUUGGUUAUUGCAAAGAGAAAAACGAGAGGAUAUUGAUCUAUGACUACAUGGCUCGUGGCACCCUGCGUGAGAACCUUUACGCUAACAAAACAGAGGAGCCACCGCUUACUUGGAGGCAGCGUCUAGACGUCUGCAUCGGUGCUGCUCGUGCCCUGCAUUACCUUCAUGAGUGUUCCGUCAUCCCUAAUGAUGUGUCGACGACGAACAUUCUCCUAGAUGAGAGAUUGGUCGGCAAGGUUCCUAGUGAAGUCUCAAUGUGGAGGUAUGACACGGAUGACACGUACCUUAUUGGAUGUCCUGGUUUUCAUGAUCCUGAUUUUUCCUUCACUGGGCAACUAACAGAGGAAUCCAGUGUAUAUUCUUUUGGUGUCGUGCUGUCUGAGGUUUUGUGUGCUCGGGCUGCUUGGGAUCCUUAUCUGGUACAAUGUGCUCUUAGUUGGGAUGAUGGCAAAGCUCCGCCACCAUCAUCUCGUAUCUUUGGUCGGUUACUGCAAAGAGAAAAACCAGAGAUACUGAUCUACGAUUAUAUGGCUCGUGGCACCCUGAGUGAGAACCUUUACGCUAACAAAACGGAGGAGCCACCGCUUACUUGGAGGCAGCGUCUAGACGUCUGCAUCGGUGCUGCUCGUGCCCUGCACUACCUUCAUGAGUGUUCCAUCAUCUCUAAUGAUGUGUCGACGACGAACAUUCUCCUAGAUGAGAAAUUGGUCGGCAAGCUUUCAAGUACAGUCUCACAGCCGCAGGAUACCAUGAAAGCUGUUCGCCUGCACUAUUAUUGUGUCCUGUCAGUCUUGUGCUGGCUACAGUUUUCAGUUGGGUAA